ACUCACCCAGUCCUUAUCUUCCACUCCGCUGUGAGAGACGUGUUACCAAAAAAAUCAUAAACAAGGUGACAAUUUUACAUUGCUAUACAGUUCUGUGCAAAACGAUGCCUCGGCCAACACGCGAAUCUUACGGUGAUCAGAAACCACCAUUCUCUUACAUAGCUUUGACAGCCAUGGCGAUCUGGAGCUCGCCGGAGCGCAUGCUCCCGCUGUCAGAGAUCUACCGGUUCAUCACGGACCGGUUCCCGUACUACCGGCGCAACACGCAGCGCUGGCAGAACUCGCUGCGGCACAACCUCUCCUUCAACGACUGCUUCGUGAAGGUGCCGCGCCGGCCGGACCGGCCCGGGAAGGGCGCCUACUGGACCUUGCAUCCGCAGGCCUUCGACAUGUUCGAGAACGGCUCGCUGCUCCGCAGGCGCAAGAGGUUCAAGCUGCAUCAGGGUGAAAAAGAGAGUUUAAACGCAGAAUUGGCCGCUUUGGCAAGUUUUAAUAGAGCAUUCCUGGCGAGGCAAGCUGGAGCAGCUCCGCCAGCUGUGGUACAUAAUGGUAGUUUGUACUCACCAGCGGCAACGCUUGGUUCGAGACCUAGUCCAGAGCCUAUGGAAGCGCCGGACACAGCAGCACUGCUGCCAGCAGGUCCGCGGCCCCGACGAGCGUUCACAAUCGAUGCCCUGCUGGAGCCCGAGCCUCGCCGGCUGUCGCCGUCGCCGCAGCCACCGCCACCGCUGCAGCCGCACUGUCCCCUCCCGCUGCCGCCCGCACCCUACCUGCUAGCGGCCCAGAGAUACCACGCAGAACUGCUAGCAGGUUUACAGCAAUCCUGUUUACCUCCCUUGUGGACCUGGCGGGACUCCAGUCAAUUUUCACAUUAUACGCUUAAUUCAUGAAUGGUAAAAGCAUCGACAUAGCACGAUCUCAAAUAACUCUAGUAUAAGAUUCCUAGAGACAAUGUGUGUUAAACCUAAGCUAAAAUAAAUAUUAGAGCAUUAUAACAGUCGCUAGUGGAGCCGCUACGAUUGUAUUGUGGUUUUGCAAAUAUACGACAAGAGUGUAGUGACGGGUUACUGAAAUGUCGAGGUUGAGAACAGGCAGAAAUCUGAAAUCAGGUGAGUGACGCUGAAGACACGUUUUGUUAAUUGUAGUCGAAAACGUAAACUUACAACUAAAACUCGUUUUUUUUUAUAUUUCAUUUCCGUAACUUUUUUACCUCACACGGUUUAACUCAAUACCAUAGUAUUACAAAAAUAAUUAUCAAAACAUCUCUUAUUUUAAUUAUACAUAGAUAGUCAAUUAGGUAAGAAAGUUUGGCUCAAAUGUACUGGACUAUUAGAGAACAAAUAUUUGGCGAUGCCGCUACCGCCUGGUCCUGGAAGACGGGGCAAACCAAAGAAGUGCUGGCUUGAUAUAGUCAAAAAUGAAGGAGCCUCACAACUAAGAAUGUCGUACGAAUAUGAAACAAAAGUAAGAAAGAUCUUUGACGAAAGAGCCGGGCAAUCGCUCUGAUAAGAGAAUCAAUUAAGUCAAAUAUGUCAAUAUAGUUUCAAGCCUUUGUUAGUCUACAUUAAUGUACCUAUCUAUUAAUAUUCAUAUAACCCUUGUAGAAAAGAUACCUUAAAGCAGUGGUUCUCAAAGUGUGCUGCGCGAAAAUAUAGAUCAUAUUGGAAAAUAAAUUGCGUUAUUGAAAAAUGAAAAACGCUUUGUAGAAAUUAUUUUUCUAUAUUAUAAAUAAUUAUAAGCAUUUAAUAAUUCAAAUCUAUAAAAUACGAACUUUAUUGAAAGUCUAAUAUCAGUGCCAGGUGUUAGGUCCGUACACCCAAGUUUUAAUUUUGCAAGUGUUGAUUUCUCCGGCUCCGACUAAUUUUCACUUAUUAAACUUAGAUUUCCAAAAGGGUUCCGUUUCCAAAAAAAAAAAUUACACAAAUUACACAAAAACCCUAAUUCGUAUUACAUUACACACUAACUAUGUUCAUAAUUUUAAAUGAGUCGUUGUAUCCAAAAUGAAAACAUUAUAUUAAUUUUCAGGAAAAUGUCCAAGAAUAAUCAGAUACUGUGAUUAACCCGAGAAUAACUACUCUAAAAGGCUGUAUGAAUAUAUUUUGUAUGACCAGAUACAACUAUGUUGGAACUGUGAUAUUUGUCAUUAUUUAGCUAUGUUCUAUUUGUAAAUAUGUACAGUAUUAUAUAGGAGAUAAUAGUAUUAAGGAAUUAUAUGUAUUAUAAUUUAUUGUAGUCACUAGUGAAAAUAUAUUAUAAAAAUGUGC